AUGCAAGAACAUUACAACUAUUGCAAGUUAAAAAAUUCUGGCAAUAGUAAUACAUCAAGUUUUACAUCAAGUUUUGUACAUAACGACGACAAUAAUACAAGAACUAUUAAUCAUAAACAACAAACAAAAAUGGAAAAUUUUUUAUACAAGUUUACGAAUACGGAUCAAAAAGAACUAGAAAGUUUGUUAGCACGUGGGUUUUAUUCUGCUGGUAUUUCAUUUAAUAUUUUAGAAAAUGAUGAUAUAAAAGCUUUUUUUUCAAGAGCAUUACCAUACUUUAAAUUGUCUACACGUUAUUCUCUUUCAAACUCUCUUUUUACUAAAGAGUAUUCUGGUUUAAACACUGUUAUUAAUUACUUACUUAAUGAAACACAAUUUUU